UGCGAAAUCUCCCUAUUAUCACAAAUUUUUGUUUGAAGCAUAUAAAAAUUUAUAUAUUUGUAUCUCUAGGUUGGUUCUUCUUAUAUUGUUUUCAACUGGUUUGAAUCAAAUAUCCUCAAACUUGAAAGCUUCAAAACAUCGCUUACAUACAUGUUAACACUCUUGAUGUUGUUAGUAAUUUAUAACGAUGGCUUAAAAUUUUUGACUUAUGUAUGCUCAUAUAGAUGGAAUGGCGCCGGCCUUCAGAAUGCUUCUAUACAGAAUCAGAAUGGUGAUUGCUUUGUGCCUUUAGAAGACCCAUUAAAUAAAAUCAGGCAGAUAUCAGGUUCAAGGGAGGCAAAUCUGAAUGAUCUUCACCUUGUGCAUUUAGAUUUGCAGAGUGCAGGCAUAAGUUUUAAUGGUGAUAAUCAAAAUGUGGAUAUUCAAGACAACUCUGAUCAAAAGGAUGAAGUAAAUAUUUCUGCAAUAUGUUCCAAGAAGCAAAUUGUUGAAUGUAAAACUCGCAGUGGAAAAGUGUUUAGCAGUGUUGGCAUCAACUUUAGUGAGAGCAAAACACGCAGUGGUGCUGUCUACAGAAGUCCAAAGAAUGCAAAACCUUCCAAAUCGAAGAACACACCAUCCAAAAGAAAGUUAUAGAACAACAUACAUGAAAGAGAAUGAUUCAAAUUGCUAAAUGUUUGUAUGAUAAAUUUUAUUGAGAUUAAGACUUUUCUUGUAUCUUAAAUUUCUGAUAAACUUAUUGUUUG